UCUUUUUAUUACUUUUUUUUUGUCCAUAAUUCAAACAGGCAUUUUGCAAGCCAAUGAGGAUCUGGCAGUAAUGGAAAGUAAACCAGAAAGAGUCACAAACAUCACCUGCACCUAUUUUUUGAAUUCUACAAUCACUUGCAGAUGGAAUCCUGGAAAUAAUAUACAAAAUCGCCAAACAAAGUACUUCUUAAUUUAUUAUCGUAAUGAGUUCUUCAGAAACCCUCUUGAAGACGACUGCUUUCCAAAGCCCAUUUUUUUAUCAAGUGAAAGUGUUAUAUUUCCCUGUGGGCUGUCAAAGACGGAGUGUACUGUUGAAUGCCUGGUGUUUGUUUAUACUGUUAUAUGUUCAAUAUCUGUAAGAGCUGAGAACGCCAUGGGUAAAGAAGAUUCAGAAAAGUACCAUCUUGACACAAGGCAUGCAGUACAAUUAUCUACUCCGGUAAUUACAAGAAUCAUUGCGGCAAAGACUUCAUUGAAUUUGACUUGGAAGGAACAAGAUGAUUUUCCAUUUUCUGUAACAUGUAUACUCCGAUACAAAAAGGUUACCGCGAGCCGGUGGAUUCAGGUUGAGAACAUACAAAUGGAAAAGGAACAAAAAGAAAUAGGUUUUCACAUUGGAGGUUUGGAGCCAUUCAGCAACUACAGUGCUUCUGUUUCCUGUAUUAAAAAAGAGAAUACAAUCUACUGGUCUGAAUGGAGCGCUGAUGGAUACGGUCAAACUUUGGAAGACAGGCCUUCAAAAGCAGUGGAUCUCUGGCGGAGCACGGAGGAUCAUGACUUCCCAGGAAAAAUCUCUCUCAUAUGGAAGCCUUUAAGUGUUUCUGACUCUCAUGGAAUUAUACUUGGAUACAAAGUAUAUAGAAGAAAUCAGCCUUGGAUAAACACCACUGAUGUUAAGAUAUCAUUCCUCCGGACCACAGAAGCUUGUGAGGUUACUGUGUUCGCUUAUAACUCAGCUGGGGACUCUCCUGGAGCCACGCUGAGAAUCCCUGCAAUUUCCAAACAGGAUGUUCUACCAGCAGUACCAGUGGUACAAGCUUCUCCUAAAGACAAUCAGCUAUGGGUUGAGUGGAAAGCUCCUCCAUCGGCAGUAAGUGGAUACGUGAUUGACUGGUGUGUGGGUACAGAGGCCGUUUGUGAGAGAGACUGGCAGCAUGUUAACAACACCACCCUUACAACUUAUUUAAAAGGUAAUAUUGAGCCAUUGAAAUGUUACAACAUCUCCGUCUACCCUGUUUAUGAGCAAGGUGCUGGAACUCCUACAUCAACUGAGGCCUACCUUAGGGAAGGAGCACCAGGAAAAAUUCAUACACCAGAUGUAUUGGAUAUUAAGACCACAGAGGCUACUAUCAAGUGGAAAGAGAUUCCAAAGGACCAAAGAAAUGGUUUCAUCGUUAACUACACCAUUGUUUUCCUCAAUGAAGAACAACACUUUAAGACUGUCAACUCAAAUGUGCUGGAGUGCACACUGCAGUCUCUGCAGCCCAGCACACAGUACAGAGUUUACUUAAAAGCCAGCACCAAGGCGGGAAGUAUUAAAAGCAGUGAUGUGAUCUUCACUACUUCAGUGUCAACAGAAGCCGUUAUGUUUGUAACUGUACCGUUUGUUUUCCUGAUUUUCCUCUUGGGAGUGAUCUGUGUCAUAAAGAAGCCUGUAUUAAAAGAACAGUUUUGGCCCUCUGUUCCAAACCCAUCCAAAGGCUCUCUGGAACAUUGGCUUGACGAAUACCAUCCUCAGACUAUACUGGAAUGGGCAGUACUGACUCCAGAUGAUGGUUCUUCCAUUUGUGAUUUACAUCUUAGUGAUAGCAUUAAUUCAGAUCAUUUGUAUUCAUCUUCAGAAAAACAGCUUCUUGAUUCAUAUAUUACAGAAUUGCCCUUGCCAUACCAGCCCUUGCCUGGCAUUGGAGAAGACAUAGACCAGCAUUCUGCUAAGAGUAACAAUUUUCUGCAGUUCUUUUCUAACAACGAGUAUUUGCCCAUGUUUCAAACUGCUGAGUUUUUAGCUCCCAAAGACAGCUGUGAUGUAACUACGAGUCCAACAGCGACAGAAACCACAGGACCGAAGCAGGCUGCUGGUCAACUGCAUGUCACACAAACCAGGCUGGACCUACUGUGUAACACCAUAGCAAGAAGUGGAGAGGAAACGUCCCCUUCUCAAGAACUUGCCAGCACCCAGUCAUAUGUUAAAGAAUAUGAGCUAACUGCAAUAGCCACACAAGGAACUGCAAAUUCAGUUUUUCAGAAUAGCACUGACCUCCCAUAUACCUGGUUACCCAUGUAGAAACAUUUCACGUUCUAAUCAUUUUUACCACUCAUUUAGUUUAAACAUAUAUUAGCAAAUGCACUAGCGGUACUUCACCAGCAAGAAAAAUGAGGUAGUAUUGGUUUGCUGGUCUUUCAAAUAAACAAAACAUAAUGCUGUUGUGUGUAAUGCAUAACAGUUAAAUUAGACAGAGUUGUAAUUUAUGAAACUAGCAAAAGUUGGGUUUGGAUCAAAUUAACUCUCUGGACCAGUUUCAUUUACAUUUUUAUUUUUAAAAGAAAUAAACAAAGGCAAACCUGAUACUGGUGCACUGUAAUCAGAACGAUAAUUGGGCCUAACAAGUCUUCUGGUGUGAAAAUACUUUUGCUACCAAAUAAAAACUGGGUGUUUAUUGUAUAUAAUAAAAUUACUAGAUUCUCAUUGCUUGUUUGCCAAAAUAAGAACUUUCAUGUUAUUUUAGUCCUGUUUUACAGUGGCUCUCAAAAGUAUUCACCCCCCCCCCCCC